AACUUUCACAAAGUUGGAAAACUUUUGGUUCACGGACGAAUUCCAACGGAAUGGGAGACGGGAAGACAUGCUAGCUUUGGCUGUUAUUUUGAUUUCAAAAAGGUGAAAAAUCCUUUUCAAGUUCUCUUAGAAUGGCUGAGGCGAGAAUCGAGGACGAAGAGGAGGUUCUGGGGGCUUCGAGGGAUCCCAGAGUGAGACGGCAUCCCCGGCAAAACGCAUCCGCAGAACGACCUGAGAGGAACAAGCCGGAGCAACGCCAGUCUGGGCAAGGAGCACUUUCUUCCAUUAGAGCUGCUAUUAAGAGAACAUCAGUAAGAACAGGCGUCCAUAGUGAUCAGCGAGAUCGAAGGCGUCCAGAGAUAACUGUCCUCUCUGCUGAGCCUCUGGUGCCCAACUCCUGGUUUCCUGGAGCUUCUGGGGGAUUUCCCCCACCUCCACCACCUGCCCCUCCAUCCUGGUCAGCUGGCAUGCCACCAACCAUACAGCUCCCUCCACCCUCUUAUGAGCAGGUUCUGAGAGAGAAGAGUCGUGAGCAGGACCUCCACUCUUCUGUCCCAUCCCUCGCAUCUCAACGCUCCAUCUCCACCAUCGCCACCCAGACGGAUACUCACUCCGCAGGGCCAAAAUCCACUGGCCAAGGCCCCACUGGAGGAUCUAUGGCUCGUAGGCCAUCGAAACCCCCUAGACCCUCUCUCCCUCUGACACGCGCUCCAGCCGAGGCCGCAGACACUCAAUCCCUUAUCGAACUCGACGAGCCACGGCUUCCCAUCGGCACACACACUCAGACAAACACACUCCAGUCAGAGCUGAACUGUGACAUCUUGACUAGCCCGCUAUCUGAGCCGUGUGGAGCUCAGAUGGACCCCUGGAGUGGUGACAGUAUUAACUCCCCGCCCAAUAAUCCCACACUCAUUGACUCUGCACUCGCCUCCCAUAGUUCUCCAUCUCCCUGUGCUGUAGAGGAGGUGCCCAAACGUCCCAAACCGCGCCCCCGCUCCAAAGCCAACUUGCAGCCGAUCACCAGAGAGCAAAGUGCACAGAACUCAGAUCAUCCAAUCCCGAGGGAGGUGAAAGUUCAGACUUUGGUGCGUCUGAAAGAUGACGGCACAGAGAACUUGUUUGCUGGCUUCAGUGACAAUUCAGAUGUUUCACCCAAUAAAUAUUUACAGGAUCUGCUUGAGGUCUUUGGCUCAGAUGACCAGUGUUACCAAGGUGACCAGGGUGGCAGAGGCAACCAAAUGGAGACAAGUGAGGAAGAGGAGCAAGACGAUGAGGAAGAGGCGGAGGAUAUGUCCUUCCAGCCUGCGGUUUUGCCAAACAGUGAGAGCACUGAAACUGAAUCCAAAGAAUUAUGUAGCGAACCAGUAGCACAGCCUAGAACCCUGCAGCCCAAACCAGUUCUUGCUCCAAAACCCUCCAUGAAGGAGAUUGGAAAGUUAACAACAGGACUAAAUCAGGAAUUGAGUCCUGCUGGAGAGACAAUGAAAGGUCCUGUUCCAGCACCCCGGCCCCCUCCCCCCAGAAAAUCCAUUGCGAGCCCUCAGAAUGUUCCAGAGGGGAGGCAAAUGGAAACCACUCCGCUCCCUCGUCCAUCCAGACCUCCGCCAGCGGCACGUCUAGGCUGUCUCUCUCCCCAGACUCGGGACUCUGUUCCUGGCCAGCAAACAGCAGCACUGCCUGUGAGACAUUCCACAGACAUGAGCAAAUCCAGCCCUAUUGGGAAUAGCAGCUCUGAUGCUUUACUGCAGACUGGGACCAGUAAGCUGGCCCACUUCAGAGAGAGCAGUCCAGGAAGGAGAAAAUCAGAUGGCCAGUCUGGGACUGUCAAACCUCUGGCAGCUUCUGUGAAGCCAACACCAGUGACAUCAGCUCCCAGUGAUAGUGGAAAACGCUCACCUGGCCUGUCCAGACUGACACCCCCACCACCAUUACCAGCAAACCAGAAGAAAACCCCACCCCUCUCCAGAGCCUCUCCACAGAUGGUUCAGUGCUGCGCUGUGUCUGGUUUUACACAGUUUCCUGCUGGCAGAGGGAACUCUCCGUUGCCUUCACUCCCAGCUAGACCUAGUGAUGGAAGAUUCCUUCCUCUCCGUCCACCUCCCAUCAAACUCACCAAACCAGCAGGCUCUUUGCCCACCUCUGCUGUAGCCAGUCAGGUCCCGAGUCAGAGGACACCAAAAAAAGGACCACCUUUGCCACCACGGCCCAAACCUGGACACCCCUGCUUCAAGAUCUACCCUAUCGAAGUCAUACACGGACCAAAAGAGACGAGAAAACAAACUCAAAUGAGCAAAGAGUCAAAAGUAUGCUCCCUUCAGGAGAAGGACAUACUUCUUUUAGAGGACAUACAGACUCAUAAACCUGCUCAGACUGAUAUACAGAGUUCUCAGAGCCCAUCAGAGAAGCUGAGUGGUCAGUCUCAAGUGUCACCUGUCAAGGUCAUGACCCCUGAGCCUGAUGACCUCAGUGAACCUACAAACCAGUUGAAGUCAGACUUGGCUGCUGAUAAGGAACAGAAAGAGAAAGAACAGAAGACUGGCAAGUGUGUAGCUCGUUUUAAGUUUGAGGGAGAGGAGGAGGAAUUGUCAUUCAGUGAGGGCGAUGUCAUAAUGCUCACUGAAUAUGUCAAUGAGGAGUGGGGGCGGGGCAGCCUGAAUGGACAUUCUGGAAUAUUCCCUUUGAACUUUGUACAGAUAGUUGAGGACCUCCCACCUUUGCCUGGGGAACCUCUGGAAUCCUCAGAGUCUCCAGGCAGUGUGGGGAAACAGGCCAGAGCUCUGUUUGACUUCUCUCCUGAGAGUGACGAUGAACUGCUUUUAAAGGUGGGAGAUAUAGUGUGUGCUCUGGAGGAGGUGAAUGACGAGUGGUUCUGUGGUGUAUUUGGCGGAAAACGAGGACUAGUUCCUAAAAGUUAUGUCCAAGUGCUCCAAGACCCCUGAGCCGAAAAACCUAGCUGUGAAACGACUGGUUGUGAUGUUUACAGUGUGUGAGGAAAGCAUUGGGUGCUCUGUGUGCAUCUGAAAUGUGACCAAUAACAGGUUGUGUGUAAUAAACUCAGUGUUUAGUGUUUAGAGUCAGUUAGCUAUGUGUCUGUCAGAUUUAUACAUUUCC